GAGUGGGAAUGGUUUUUUUGUGAUUCAAAUGGCGGCGGGACGCUGUUGUAGAAACAGCCUUUGGUGGCUGUGCUGGGAGCUUCUCUGAGUGCCUUAUUUCACAGAGUCUUUGCAAAGACAACUUCAAAUGCUUUUCUUACCUGUGGUAGCUAAUCUUAGAUCAGCCUGAUGUGAAUUAGAAUUUAAUCAAACUUAUAACUAGAACUAUGUACUUAAACCUCAUUCAUCCUUUGAAAUAAGAGUCAGAAGUGCAGCCCUGUGAUUAUUCAAAGCGGCAAAACCAGAAGAAAGGGAUGGACUCAAUGCCACUGAAAGAUCCUGUUUUUACUUUUGGUGCCAACAAUCCUACUGCAUGUAUUGCCCUCAAAGACCCAAAUCAAAGACCCAUGAAAUCAGGGAAAAAUGUUGCGUUGCCACCCCCACCCAAGAGAGGAAUGCCAACAACUACACGAUCCCCUAUGAACAGAUACAGACGGGAGACUGAACUCAAAAACAAAAACAAGUUCCUGGAGAAUGUCAAGAGUGAACUGAGUUUAAAAGUGGCAGAAAUGCAGAAGGAUAUGACUGAUAGGAAGAAGCUGUGUGAUGGUCUUGAAAAAGAAAAUGAGAAGCUGAAAAAAUUUCAGGAAAGCUGCCUCUUGAUAUUAGAAGCCAAGAAUUGGGACCCAGUUACAGGUGAACAAAUUUUGGAGGAGGAAGAAAUGAACAAGAAGACACAAACGGAGAUAACGGUUUUAUCAGACAAACUUAAUGCUGAUCUUGAAUUGUUCAUCCAAAUGGCUAAAGAGGAAAAAGAAAGUCUUCAGAAUGCUCAGACCAGAUGGAAGCAGAUAGAGGAGGAGAGGACCCAUUUCUUAGAGGAGCAACAGUCUUUUGAUAGAGAAAUGGAAGAGCUGCUUGCUGCCUUAAACCAGGAAGUUGACUUCUUAAACUCAUCAUAGACUUAGGUUGAGAUUAAGUUUACCAUGGAUCAUUUAACCAAUAACUCAUAUUCUACAGAAUAGUUAGAAAUGUAAGAAGAUACUAAACUUAAGAUUGAACUGUACAUACCAGAGGAAUUUAAAAAAUAUUGUUUUUCAUGUUUUUGUUUUGUCCUGAUUUUGGAAGAAGCUAGUCUAGAUAUGUGAGAUAUACUCUGUUAUCUUACAUCUUUCAAUCUUUCGGUUUUCUGUCCCUGAAAAGAACCCUAGUUAGUCCCCAAAUAUUAAUUUACAGACAGAAAUGUUUAUUCUCCUAUUUAUCGGGAUUGAAGAGCUUUACAUAUGUCAUGUGCAGGCUCUUCAGAUUGAAGUUCAGCUUUCAUCAGUCCUAGCUAAUAUGAUGACAAAAUAUUGCUGAAGUUGUUUCCAAAAUAAGGGGAACAAUCUAUACUAUAUUAUAAAAUAUUUAAGCUGUUCCAUUGGUAGCCCAUUUUAAUGUAUCAGUGGGCAGCAAACAAGGAAUAAUGCAUUUAUGUAUAGUUGACAUUUUGAAUAAAUUCUUGAUGUAAAUGGCAAUACAAAUUUACUGAUUUAAGUUUUACUUCUAAUUACUUAUGUCAUCGGCAAUCUCUAAGAAGGUAUAGAAAACAUCUUAGGUGAAACAUCUAAGUGAAAAUAUUUCAGCAUAUUUUUAAAAUAUGUAAGAUUUUUGAAGACUUGGACCAUCCACUUUCAGUUUCUGUUUCAGAAAGAAAGGUAUUUUAUUAUUAAGCUGCAUCAUCACAUCCUCUGUUAAGCACAUUGGCUACAGGUGUAUUCUACAGCUCUCUUUCCGCAUCUACAGUCUUCACAUCCUUCCAUUUAAGAUUGAUUUUUUUUUCUGAUCUUCCUAAAAUAUUUGGCACCAGUUUUUCUUUGGCUUUCCUCAUCUUCUCUGACCAUCUGGUGGUAUCUAAUUGAUUGCAGACUUUGUUGGAUGUUGCUCAUUCAUGCAGAGCUUGUGUCCAGUAAAGCCCAUUCUUCGUUUUGACACUGUUUCAGAGUCUUCAAGAAUUAUUUAUUUGUAGAAUUUCCUCAUUUGUGACGUCGUCCCAAUAUGAGAUAUGAAGAAUUCUUCUGAAGCAAUGUUGUUGAAAGAUGUUGAUCUUAUGAAUAACUCUUGUAGAUUUCCAAUCUGACUGGCAUAAUGGCAGUUGGUAUAUAUAUGGCAUCAAAUGAUCUGAUCUUAGUUGCUGUGUUUAUGGCGGUUGUGGUCCAUACGGAACACAUUUGUUGGAAGACAGUAGUUGCUUUGCCUGUUCAGCAUUUCACAUCUGCUUCAGUUCCCCCAUCUAUCAUAUCACUAAGAUAGUUGAAUUGUUCCACAAAUUUUAAGGCCUGUCCUAAUGUUAUUGGGGUAUUGUAUUGAACAUUCCAAUUUGCUUGGACUUGUCUUCACUGAUUUCUAAGACCACUUUACCUGCCGCUGCUUCAAGUGCCAGCGUCGUAUCAGCUGUGUCUUAGUGUUUGCAAGCAAAGCAAUGACAUCAGUGAAAUAUAAGUCAGUUUACCUUGUUUAUUCCAUGUAAUGCCGAAGUCCAAUUUAUUCAUUGCCUUUUUCAUGCUAAUCAGAAUGGUUAUGAGAAAUAUAACAGGGAUAAGACAUAAACCAGUAUUAAGUAGUCAGGACUGCCAUUUUCAGUUCUUACACAGCACCUAGCGUUGUAAAAGUUUCUAAAGAUAUUAACUUAUAUCUAGGGUUAUAGUAUGUAUGUUUCAUAAUGAUUCUCUAUUGAUACACUCAAGUGUUUUUUUAA